UAGAAAGCAACUUUCAUCUAUUAUGGACCCAGUGUGAAGGUAGUGAUAAAAGGCAGAGGUGAGAAGCACUCCCACACCAUUAUUUUUCACUUGUCCAAACAAGAGAAAGAAAGCCAGCCCUCCUUCCUUUCCUCCUUCCUCAUGCAAUAGCCAUUUUUAUUAGGGGCUUACCAUAGAAUCCCGUGUCCCUAUUAAAGAUGGCCACUCCCAUUCCAUUCUACCUCAAGUGCCCCAAAUGGCUCCCUUCUAUUGCUGCUCAACUCCACUUGGGCAAAUAAAGAAAUGGGGACAGAGAGAGGGUUGCAUUUUUUCCUAAUUUUUUUUGGGAAUGUUGUUUGACUUCUAUAACAGUUUACCAUAGAUUUCAAUCAUCCAUAAUCAAGACUAUCAAAACAAUCCUUAGUUGUGAAGAGAAUAUCAGUUUGGAAUGGAAAUAAAAGUUUUCAUUUUCUGGUUAAUGCUUGGGAAAAGGCGUACUUUACAGGUUGUAUCGCAUCAGUGUUGAGAAAGAGAGGUCAUUUGAUCUUUGCAUACAUGUACCGGUAGCUAAUAUAUUGUUCAAAGAUUGCUGAGCAAUUUUGAUUGAAAAGAGGCUUAUAUUAAAUUCAUCUUUUCCACACAGAUUAACAGAUUUUUAUUUUCUUCCUAUUUACAUGGUUAAUUGGUUUGAAAAGGCCAAAGAAAUUCUUCAAAAUAAAGAAAAUGAAAAAAAUGACAAAUUCACUAUUCUUUUUGAAGACUUUUUUGAUGUCCUCAUGACAGUAUAUAAUACCAGCUGUGAAGGUAAAGUACAAAUACUUGAAAAUUUUAUAUGGAGAACAUGUACUUUUAUUGCUGAUAAAAGAAUUAAUAUUUAUAUUCAGCAGGAGGCAGUAAGAAAACUGAAUACAAUGCUUGAUGCCAUGCCUCGAGAUACAAGAAAGAAAAUCAUUUCUGCAAAAGAAAUGCUACAAGCCAUGAAUGACAUGGGAAGGAGAAUUUUGGAUGCCGGGGACUAUGAUCUACAAGUUGCCAUUACUGAAGCUUUAUGCCGAAUGACAUCAGAAAAACAAAGGGGAGAACUGGCAAGCCAAUGGUUUUCAAUGGAAUUUGUUACUAAUGCGUUUAAAGGAAUUAAGGAUUCCGAGUUUGAAACAGAUUGCAGAAAGUUCCUGAAUCAAGUGAAUGGCAUGCUUGGAGACAAAAGAAGGGUAUUUACCUAUCCUUGUUUAUCUGCUAACCUGGACAAACAUGAGCUGCAGAUACCAGCAGAUGACAACCUUGAAGAAUUUUGGAUUGAUUUCAAUACUGGGAGCAGAAGUAUAUCUUUCUACGUUGCUGCAGAUGGUGAAGGUCAUCAGUGGGAAACUGUAUGUGUACCUGAAGAAGAAGUCAAAACAUACAUUAUUGAAGAAAAGGACAAAAAUAAAUUGUUAACAAUACAUCUGUGUAAUCCGAUGUCUGUGGGUGUCCAAGAAGGGGAUAUAAUAACAUUGCAUUUUGAUUCUGCUUUGGAAAUUUUGGAUGCAGUAAAAAAAGUUUAUGGAGUUACUAAACGUCAGGAUUUUAGAAAGAAAAAUACGAUAUCUGUGUCCAAAACAACAUUGCAUGUAAUUUUUGAUGAAAGUGGAUCACAGAUUAUUGUACCAGAGAGUCAAAUAUCACCUUUGAAAGAAAAUGUAGUUGGGAAAGGUGAUGGUUCCUUCCUUCAGUCAUCUAGGAUACAGACGGAUUUUAUUCAAAGAGCUAUUAAAGAAGAUUUCCAAACAUUUCAAUCCAAGAUUACUCCAGGUAAAAAGAAAAUGUCUGAGGCAUCAAUGGUUGUGCCAUCUACUUCAAGAUUGGGCGUGCAGAGUCCUUUACCAUUGGUUAAUACUUCCACCCCACGACGAUGCCGGGUUAAAAAACCUCUUCAGAUUAUGAGUUCUUUGGAAAGAAAUAAUAUUUUCUCAAUACCUGAGAGGAACAUAAUGAAUUUUAGUAUAGAGAAUAAUGUUUCUUUAUGUUCCACAACAAAAUCUCAUAAAAAGAAUAGUUCUGUAGAAAAGCACAUUCCAGUUGAAAAUGUAAUCAAUAUGUGCCAUAGUGACGAAGAUGCAGAUUUCAAGAAAAAACAACAAAGAGGUGAAUUAAUAAAUAUUGUUCCAGAUUCUCAGCCAAUAAAAAAUAGCAAACAGUUAUCACCUGAUGUGGAGGAUAAUUCUUUUGCUGCAGUUAAAACCCAGAAACGACAGAUGUGCUGGAUACCUGAGACAAUAAUAUCACAUUGCAACAAGCACAAUAGUAGUCAACAAGAAACUUCUAAUCUAAGUGAUAUAGUUGUGAAGCAAAAAGCGUUCUCUUCCAUAUUUGAAAUGAAUUCUACAGAGGUGAAAAGUAAACUACACUGUGAUGGGAAAAUAACUGAGCAACGGCAUCAUGAGACUAAUACAGUGGCAGUGAAAAGUGGCAAGAGAAACAGUGCAGAAUCGCGAAACAGUCUGAAGCCUUUGGACGAGAAAAUAUCAAAAAGUAGCAACAAAAAACUUGUUUCCACUAAACCUGAAGUUAAUAUUAAUGCCACCCAAAUGGAAGACAGUUCUCUCAUACAUUUAGGAUGUCCAAAGUCAGUAACCGCAACCAAUGAUGAUGACGAAUUUGAUGUUUAUUAUAGGAAAAAAACUGUUAAUAAGAAAACUAAUCAGAAAUCUAAACCAAAAGCAAUGGCUGAAGCAGCAGAGUCAUUAAUAAAUAACAUCAGUGACAGAUACAAACAAAAAGAUGGGUCAAAAAGUACGAGACAACUUCAGCCAUUUUCAAAGAAGAGUACAUCUUUUAAUACAUCUGGGUUCAGUGUUAGUAAGAAAAAAAAUCAGAACAAUUCAGGAGAUAUGAAAACUUCUACUCUUCUUAACAUAACAAGUAAACAUCUUAUGGAUGAUGUCUACAACUUUAACUUAAGUGGAUUUGACGAACCUACAAUCAAGCUUGGAAUUCAAGAAUUUCAUCUCACUAAGUUGGAAGCUACUAAGUUGGAAGCGACUGCAGAUCUUUCAAAGAAAAUGAAUCACGAUAAUCAAAGAAAAAGCAUAGGCCGAAAGAGACAAAGCAAUAAGAAUAGGACUAAUAGAAACAAGAAACACCUUUUUAGUGACACGGAUACAGAAUAUAGAGGUGAUGACACUAAAACAGAUAUUAGCUGGCUAAGAGAGUCCAACAGAAAGCCUAAACCCCAACUUGUAGAUUACAGCAGAAUGAGAAAAAAGAAAAAAUAUAAAAUUCAGGAAUCAAAGAAAACUUCUCCACCCAUGAGUACAAGGGAAACAUUUCAACAAAAUGAAACCAAAAAAAAUACGACACCAAUUUCUAAAAACCAAAGUGACAGUGAUAGAGAAGAAAGAGCACGGCUUGCCAGACUGAAGCCAAAGAGAAAAGCAGCACUAGCCAAAAAAAGUUAUAAAGAAUUAUCAGAUUCAGAGAGUGGCAUGGAAGAGGAAUCUUCUGAAAACCUAGUUGAAAAGGGCACUUUAAAAGAAAACCCAGAACCUAAAAGUAUAAAAACAAAAGCAGUCAAUCAACUAAAGGCAAGGCAGAAUAUUCUUUCCAGUGAACCACCCAAAGUAAAUUUGGUAAACCAACAUAAAAACACUGCUAUAUCAAAAGAUUCAGGACCAAAACAAAAAAUGGAAUCAUCAUCUCUACCUUCAUUUGAAAGUCCACCUUCUCUUGAGAUAAUGAGAUGUUGUGAGGAGUACAGAGAGGAACAAUCUACUGAAGCACAUGUAUCACCAGGAAGAUCAUCAUUAUCAUCUUUGUUAUCAUAUGAAAAAGAAUUUACGUCUGAAAAGGAGAAAUCUUUAGGUGACACUAAAAAUGUCUCUGAUGUAGAAGACAUUAAUAUAGAAAGCAUACAUUUAAAGCAACUUUCAGAAAACUGCAGAAAGCUGGAAUUUGGAACUGAAGAUUUGUCACCUGCUUCAAGCUCAUUUUCUUUGCCCAGACUUAGUCCCUUAAAUACAGGGAACAAAAUAGCUAGUAACCAAGAUACAGAUGUUACUAAAGUUCAAAAGAAAAUAUGUGAUAUUGAUGAAGCAGUGAACAGAAAGCAUUACUCUUUAAAGAAAUCAUCUGAUACAGAACUAAACAUCUAUUCUGAAAAUCUCAUGAAAAAUAGAGGAAAGGCAUCUGUAUCUGUAUCUCAGUCAUCUACCCCCAGGAUAAGCAGAGAAGACUUACGUCAUGAAGAACCUCUUGCUCACAUUCAUGAAUCUGGGCCUACGGUAUAUACUAAUUUCAAGCGGUUGUAUCAAGAGGACUCCGAAGUUGAUUCUGAUGAAGAAGAAAUCAGAAAACAAAAAACGAAAAGAAAGCUACUUCCUAGAAAGCUGUUUAAAACGGAAAAUAACCCUUAUAAAGUUUCUGAAAGUAUGUCUACUGUAUCUGUCAAUGACAUAUCUGUAUUUGAUGGAGAUAGCUGGGAUGCUGACAGUUCAAGUAUAGGAAUGAUCUAUCAGAAGCUUCAUAAAGAGCUUGCUAGAAAAAUCCAGAGUCGAACAAAGAGAAUUGACAAUUUUACAAAACAAUCACUGAAAACAGUUCACCAGCAUAUGGAUACCAUGAAUAGUGAAUUACAUAAGCACAGGGAUCAACAGCUGCAAAAUCUUCAUUCUCAUCUGAUUAAAGAGAUUGAAAGUUUUGAAAGAGAUUCGCAAGCCUUAAGGAAUAUGGAAAAAGAAUUUUCAAACUUUUCAAAGAAACAAUGUGAAACAUAUGGCACAUAUAAGAAAAACGAGCAACAGAGGCUCCAGAAUCUUAAAACAUCAUUCGAAAAGAACAUUUAUGAUACAGCUGACUGUGAGGAAUUUGUUUUUGUUUCUGAGAUGCAUCAAAUGAAAGCACAUAUGAAGGGAAUCCAAGAAAGAUUUCUUAAGGAAAUGCAUGAAGAGGAAUUGCUUAAUGUUCGCAAAGGUCUCCAGUCACUCUUUAUGGACGAAAACAGACAUUUCUAACAUAGUAAAAGGGUGUGUACGUGCUGCUUACUAUGAAUUUGUAAUUAGUGUGAUCCAUAAUUCAGUAAUGGAACAUUUACUAGUUGCAGACAGCAGACAGUUCUUAUAUGAAAUCUUUUCACUGUUUCUGUGAUUUUUGUAGAUAAAGGGUUUAUUUUGCAAUUUUUCAAAGUCAUUGGAAUUUUUUCUAGCUAUAAAAGGAUAUAAUCCGUAGGGGCAUUAUCUAACAAAGCAAGGGCACAAGAGAUGAGGAAGUUGGGACAAGUGGCUAAAAUCCAUGAAUACUCCACUGAGGAGCAGCAAGAAAGAGGGAAUAGAGCAGGAAUAGUAGGAUUUGCUCAUUCCACUUGGAUGACACCGUGAACAAGGCAGAUUUCAAUUAGUGUGAGAUAACCAAGGAAGCCAAUCAGAAUCUAAAACUACAGACGUCUCAUGCCAGUUUGUCCAAGCUUAGUGAACAUUAGCAGUUACUACAUUUAGAGUCUGCUAAGACACACUGCUGGUGAUCAAUUUCUUAAGAGGCUGUUAUGGGAACCUGUCGCUGAUUGAGAGUGAGGUAGUCUGAGCAAUGCCCUAAAGUAUGAUGGCACCAAUGGUUGGAUCCAGAUGUAGUUGUGCUUACAAAAGAACUUUAAAUUAAGUUUAGCUUGCUCUAUUGAUUUGAAUAGGCCCAAACAUGAGUAAUCAAUCCAGUUUAGUCUUGGAAUAUGUUACUAUCUGCCACUGAAAAUAAUAGUAGUAAUGUAUGCAUUGUGAAAUGCAGGUUGUAAUUAGACUUUUCUUUUGCUAUUAAAAGCAAAUAAGACUAUAUUGGUGUAUAUUCUAUCUACAUUAUCUAUAGUAUAUGAUUUCAAGUGUGAAUUUUAUAGUCAAACCUUUUUAACAUCUCUUACUUAACUGUAUUGGGAAUACAUAGUUUAAAUAACAAAAUUUUGUUAUAAAGAUUAAAAUAUUUAUUCAAAAGACUGAUAAAACUUUCAAAUUAUUUGAAAUUUACCCUAUUGUUGUAACAGGAACUUUUCCAUCCUGCUAUUUUUAUUUUCUGGCUGAAGCAUCUGUGUGGGGCUACUCUCUUACAGACACUUACCUGGAAAUAAGUGUAGAACUAAGAUGUAUUUCUAAAUAAACAUACAUAAGAUA